AUGUUAACAAAUUCUAACCAUGAAAAAAACCUAGUUGAAAAAACAGAUUUUAAUCAAGAUGUCCACAGUACACCUCCCUCGGAGUAUUCUGCCCUGGACGUGGACACUGCCGGGCCGCAGAGUUAUUUGAUUCCAAUUGAUAAAUGUAUUCAACUCUUUGGAACAAAUAAGGUCCAUGGUUUGUCCAAUGAAAGGGCAGCACAGUUAUCGGCCGUUUAUGGACCCAAUUCCUUAGGUGAUGGGGAAAAAAUCUCUAUUGUCAGCAUAAUCAUGAGGCAAGUAUUUAAUGCAAUGAUUUUGGUUUUGAUUAUCUCCUUGACCAUCUCCUUUGCAAUCAAAGAUUGGAUCACCGGCGGUGUCAUUACAUUUAUUGUUGCACUCAAUGUGUUUAUUGGUACACAACAAGAGUACCAAGCAGAGAAGACGAUGGGAUCAUUGAAGAAUUUGAGUUCUCCGUCGGCAGUGGUGAUCCGAAAUGGUACAGAACAAACCAUUCCAUCUCAGGAGGUUGUCCCUGGAGAUUUGAUUUUGGUGAAAGUCGGGGACACCAUUCCAGCCGACUUGCGGUUGAUUGAAACCCACAAUUUUGAGACUGAUGAGGCACUACUAACUGGUGAGUCGUUGCCGGUUGCAAAGGACGCCAACGAGUUGUACGGACAGGAAAUUCCUGUUGGAGAUCGUCUCAACUUGGCGUACUCGUCAUCGACGGUUUCGAAAGGUAGGGCAGUUGGUAUAGCGGUAUUGACGGGGUUGAACACGGAGAUUGGCAAGAUUGCCAAGGCAUUACAUGGAGACAACUCCAUUAUAGAACGAGUUCAAGAUAAGGAGAAUGCACACGCUAAAGAUUAUGCGAAGGCAACAGGAGUAACAAUCUGGAAUACCAUUGGCUAUAUCUUGGGAACUGCAGAAGGUACUCCAUUAAAGAUUAAACUAUCGUGGCUAGCAAUUUAUUUGUUUUGUAUUGCUGUGGUUUUUGCCAUUGUUGUUAUGGCGUCUCAGAAAUUCGAUGUCACGAAGGAAGUUGCUAUUUAUGCCAUUUGUGUUGCAUUGGCCAUGAUCCCGUCAUCGUUGGUUGUUGUUUUGACCAUCACCAUGGCAGUGGGAGCAAAGGAGAUGUUGAAGAGGAACGUCAUUGUUCGUAAGUUCGAUGCAUUGGAGAACUUGGGAUCAGUAAAUGCCAUCUGUUCGGACAAGACAGGUACAUUGACGCAGGGGCGGAUGAUUGCAAAGAAGGUGUACAUACCAGGACUUGGAACAUUUUCUGUGGAAGACUUCAACGAACCUUUCAAUCCGACAUUGGGUAGCGUGAGGUUCUCGGAGUCGAGUCCUACUGAGCUCAACGACAAGAAUGACGAACACGAGGUGAAAUGGAUAACCUUUGAGGAGUUCAAGGAGAAGUUCAGAAACACAGAGAAAUAUGAGCUAUUCAGGAACUGGAUUUUAUCAGCAUCGCUUGCUAAUGUUGCAAAGGUUUACGAAGACUUUGACGAUGAGGAGAAGGUGACUGAAUGGAAGGCAAGAGGAGAUCCAACUGAGAUAUCGAUCCAGGUGUUUGUUACUAGGUUAAAUUAUAGCCGAGACACAAUUGUUGAACAGGAUAGGGCAUACACACAUCUAGCUGAAUUUCCAUUUGACUCGUCCAUCAAAAGAAUGUCUUCCAUUUACAGGAACAACGAGAACGAUGUGGAGAUAAUCUACACAAAGGGUGCAGUUGAAAGAAUCCUGAAAUUAUGCGAGACUUGGACCGACCCAACUACGGGUGCUGUGUCAUCCAUGUCGGUAGAGAGCAUCGAUUACGUCGAGGAACAGAUGAACUCGUUGUCGUCCCAGGGAUUGAGGGUGUUAGCAUUUGCAACCCGAACCCCAAAGGAACAAGGGUUGGGUGCUGAGUGGCAGAAAAACGAGAGAGAGAGCAUUGAGCAGAAGCUGCAUUUCCUUGGACUGAUUGGUAUCUACGAUCCACCAAGACCAGAGUCGCUUCCAAGUGUCAAGCUGUGUCACCACGCGGGCAUAUCGGUGCACAUGGCAACGGGUGACCAUCCGUCGACCGCAAGUGCCAUUGCGAGAGAAGUGGGUAUAUUGCCAGAGAACGUCUCCAUGUUGCCACAGGGGGUAUUAGAUUCGAUGGUAAUGACGGCCCCACAGUUCGAUGCGUUGACAGAGGAGCAGAUUGAUGAGCUACCAUGCCUGCCGUUGGUUAUUGCGAGAUGCGCACCUCAAACAAAGGUUCGUUUGGUGGAGGCGUUGCACAGAAGAGGACAGAUUGUGGCUAUGACGGGAGAUGGAGUGAAUGACUCUCCAUCGUUGAAGAUGUCGGACAUUGGAAUUGCUAUGGGUAAGAAUGGGUCCGACGUUGCGAAGGAUGCAUCGGACAUUGUGUUAGCCGAUGACAACUUUGCGUCUAUUCUCAAUGCGGUGGAGGAGGGACGCAGAAUGAGUGACAACAUCCAGAAGUUUGUGAUCCAAUUGCUAGCAUGUAAUGUUGCCCAGGCAUUGUUUUUGUUGAUUGGUUUGGUUUUUAAAGAUCGGAACAACUUUUCUGUUUUUCCAAUGUCUUCUAUUGAGAUCCUUUGGGUUAUCGUCAUUACAGCCUGCUUCCCAGCUAUGGGAUUAGGUAUGGAGCGAGCAGCAGAUGAUAUCAUGGACAGGCCACCUAAGGAUUCCAAGGAUGCGGUAUUCACAUGGGAAGUGUUGAUUGACAUGUUUGUUUAUGGAUUUUCCAUGGCCAGUGCAUGUAUGAUUCCCUUUGUUAUUGAGGUUUAUGGAUAUGGAGAUGGCGAGUUAGGUGUCAAUUGCAACAAGACGGACUAUACGGAUGUAUGUCUUCAUGUUUUCAAGGCUAGAGGCGCAUCAUUUGUCACAAUGACAUGGUGUGCCCUUCUUCUUGCAUGGGAGGUUAUUCAUCUCAGAAACUCAUUAUUCUUGAUGAGACCAAACGCCGAGAACAAAUGGACUCAAUGGAUGAAAGAUUUGUGGGCAAACAAGGUGUUGUUUUGGUCUGUUAUUCUGGGUUUUGUCACACUAAUUCCAACUAUCUAUAUUCCAGUUAUUAAUAGUUAUGUGUUUUUACAGAAGGGGCUUACUACGGGUUGGGCUUUUGCUUUUCUCAGUAGUUUGUUUUUCUUGGUGUCCUGUGAAGUAUGGAAGUUUUGCAAGAGACACUAUUACAGGAGCGAAAAGGCCAGGGACCCAGAAGAAGAUUUAGAGGAGAGAGACGGUUUGACGCCAUUCCAACAAUUUACUGAUUUAAGAGAAUAA